AACAACUCUACCCAGAGAUGCUCAUUCCCGAGCCAGAUUACUACAGUGAUAGUGACGAUGAUGAUUCACUGCCUCCGUACCGAGCCGGCGACCCGGCGACGGACUGCCACCUCAUCGCGCCAAAGAAGCUUAGUAACCCGUGCUCGGAAUCGUCGGAGAGGCAGAGGUUACACAAGGAAAUGAUGCUCAACCAAAAACUAGGCAUUAACGUGCUAAAUCAGAAAACGGAGCUUAAGAAAGAGUUGGACCGGAGACAGGAGCAGGCCUGCAAGAAAAAGGAGAAGGAGGAGAUGAUGACCAAACGCUCCAGCUUUGAGAUGCAGCUGGAGAAACGAGCCAAUCAGCUUCAACUGGAUGAAAACAAGGACAAGAUGGAAAGACAGAAGAUCGAGGAAGAAGAACGAAGAAAACCGGAGUUUGUCAAGGUCGGAGAGAAGAUCAAAGGUCGUUUGUCGCCUCCGAACACCUCCAACUCUCUCUAAUCGUCUCCGUCUGUUCACACCGGGGGUCAGCACGCAUCGUGCUUACCUUAUGGUGAAAUCCGCAUCGCUGACAACAACCGGAAUGUUGGUUGCGAUGCAGAGUAACGUUCACUUGAUUUUGAGGUUCGUUGGAGAGAAUUUAGUUUCAUAUCUGGCAGCAUUUACGCGGUUUCUUACGGGAAUGAGAAGCAGUUUGGCUUCUAUCUGAACGAACAUAUAACAAUUUACGGCUGUCCCUAAACACAUGGGGAAACUGGCUGGUGCGUUGAAUACAACAACAGGGUUUUUUAGUUUUGAAUGCAUAAUGGUGUAAUAAGUAUGUAGCGAUGUUAUGUUGAGAUGUUGAGGCAUUGAUUGUCUCCCAGCCAUCAUUUCUCUCUUCCACGUGUAGCUUAGCAUGGACACUGGAGCCUUAUUUAUUAUUCCAACAAGAUGUCUUUCGCUAAAGUUAUUUUUUUUAACAUAUUUGUAUUAAUUAAUGUACUCGUACUUGGGUAGUGUGCUAGUUACGUUGAUUGCAUAGUGACACGAACAAAGUAAGAGCGUGGCAGUAUUUGUUGGUGGAGAUAGAGAACUCGUAAACUUGCGCUCAUGUAGCGCCAUCUAUUGGUAAUAAGAACGAUUUUUAAUUUGAUUCCGCGAUUUUGUCGUGAAUUCCCACCGAACAUGCAGAAUUGAGAUAGGAUCUGAAUUAUAGAAAGGUCUGGGAUAUCGCAUUCAAGAUAAAUAAUACAACAUGUAUAUAAUAUGUGGUAUUAUUUAAUUUUAAAAUACAAAUCUUGUUUAGGUUGGUUUUUUGUAAUAGAUUUAGCAGAUAUAGACCGAGCACAAACUACGCAAAAAAUACAGAAAUAGAUACAAUGUAAUAGAUAAAAAAUACAUGUAUAGUCUGCCCUUAUUGUAUCCCCC